UGACUGAACUUCCGAUGCACAUACUCCGAUCUUCGUUUAAGCUUUAGCAUUCAAUCCUUCCUUCUUCAAACGCUGCAUUUCGGUCGAUUUCUGGGUUCAAGGGUUGAUCGCAUGUCUCAAUGAUGAAAGAUGAUUCUCUCGACAACUCAUAGUUUUGGCUCAAUUCUAACUCCAAGCCAUUCAACAAGACCAUACACGCCUCACUUGAAUGCGGUGUUGUCAAAAUUGAGCCAAGCUUCGCAGUUCAGCAUCUCAGUAACUUACAAAGAAAAAAGAUUAUGUGAAUGCUUUGAUUUGUAUAAUGAGCUAGUUCCAUAUGGUGAGGCAUGGUCUUGGCAGAAAUCAAUUGUCAAAGAGAAGAAGGCAUUGAUUCAAAGGAAUCAAAAUUGUUCUGAUGCAUUAAUUAUUCUACAACAUCCCCCUGUUUUUACACUGGGUACUGGUAGCUCUGAGGAGUACAUGAAUUUUGAGAUAAUUGAUGCGCCUUAUGAUGUUUAUAGAACAGAACGUGGGGGUGAAGUUACAUAUCAUGGGCCUGGCCAGCUAGUUAUGUACCCUAUUAUCAAUCUCCGAAAUCACAAGAUGGAUCUGCAUUGGUACCUCAGGGCACUUGAGGAGGUAGUCAUUCGUGUUCUGUCCACUACAUUUUCUAUUAAAGCUUCUCGACUUGAGGGUUUUACUGGCGUUUGGGUUGGGGAUCAGAAACUAGCAGCCAUUGGGAUACGAGUGUCUCAAUGGAUAGCAUAUCAUGGCUUAGCACUGAAUGUCACCACAGACCUUACUCCCUUUCAGCUGAUAGUCCCAUGUGGCAUAAGGAACCGUAAGAUUGGAAGUAUUAAGGGGAUUCUUGGGGAAUUUGGGUCAUCCAAUCGAUGUGGAGCAUCAGAUAUCAAUUAUAUUGAUGAUUUUCAGUUGAUUGAUAUCACACACAAGUCUUUGAUAAAGGAGUUUUCUGAAGUUUUUCAGCUUGAACUUGCCCUUAAGCCCAUCUCCAUGUUGUAAACUGCAAAAUAAACAGCACUAAUCCACUGGAGAAUUUGUUUUGCUAAGAAAUUGAAAACAGCAUGUCUAUUUCAUUUAGGGUGGGAAACAAAUAAGUUGGUGGAUUGAGUAUUUUCCUGGCAUUACCUCUCCGUGGAUUGGAAGUUGAAGCAACACAGCGCGCCUCAACAAGCUUGUAAUCUUCGAUCCACUGAAUCUUGUAAUUCUAUUGUUUUCUUUAAUUGUACAUUGGGUUGUCAUGAAUUCUAAUUUUGCAGAAUUAAAAAAUGCUGUCAUUCUGUCAAAGGGAUGAUGAAAAUUCCAUGUCAUAUAGCAUGCUUAAAUUAUGUAAAGACAAAUUGAGUUUAGCAAAUUUUCUACAUAGUUGUUGCUGCAGGA